CCAUUUUGGCAUUUUUCUGUGGCAUCCAUACUUUACAAGUACAAUGACUAGCAUCUGCCGGCUUUGUAUAUGCUCUUAUUCCACAACUGCACUUCCAUUUGAUUUUAGUAUUUGCAGAUCAGAGCUUUCGACUGACAAUGAAGUCUGUCACGUCAAGAAUUAUUCCAAAUCCAAAUCUUUGUACCAAGUCAACAACUUGUUACUAUAAAACCUUAGACAUAUAUCAGCAUUUACAAGUACAGAGUAAAAGAAUGUCCAGCAUAGAUUCAAACGUCUCAGGCUUUUCCCCCAAGAAUAAAUUUGGAGAAUUUUCCAUUAUGGAAGAAGAAACAAAGCAUAAACAUGUUUUUCAUUCCAGGGAAUUCCCUAGGGAAGCUUCUGCCUUCAUAUCUGCUUUCCAGAAGAUUGUAGCAGAGCUGGUGGGCACUUACAUUUUCAUAUUUGUGGGGUGUGGCUCUGCUCUUGUUGAUAGGGAGAAGGAGCUAACCAUGGUGGGAAUAGCCUUAGCUUGGGGUCUUCCUCUAAUGGCACUCAUAUAUACAUUAGGCCAUGUUUCUGGUGCACAUUUCAACCCUGCUGUUACCAUAGCUUUUGGCACUUCUGGCAGACUUCCCUUACUGCAAGUCCCUAUGUAUGUGGUGUGUCAGUUGUUGGGUUCAACACUUGCAUGCCUCACCUUGAAGGCGCUGUUCAAUCGCCAAAACGACAUUAAACCAACGCUAACUCAGUACAACACUCCAACCACUGAUCUCGAGGCUAUAACAUGGGAGUUCCUCAUGACUUUCAUUCUAAUGUUUGUUAUCUGUGGUGCUGCUUCAGACGACAGAGCUAACAAAGAGGUAGCCGGAGUGGCAAUUGGAGUUACACUCUUGUUUGAAGUCCUGGUUGCUGGCCCCAUAACUGGAGCUUCCAUGAAUCCUGCAAGAAGCAUAGGCCCAGCAGUUGUGUCAGGUGUUUAUAAGAACCAAUGGGUGUUUGUUGUUGCACCCAUUGUUGGAGCCAUGGCGGCAACCCUUGUGUACUCUCUCCUUCGCCCAACAAAAAACGCAGUGCACAGUGAAGAAACCACUAAAAGUGUCGUCUACAAUGAUCUGUAUUCACACUCCCAAGUAGUUUAAGACUUGCCAUUAAUUGCAUAUAUAUCAUCAA